GUCCUAGCUUCAAAUCCAGUCCUCUCAAUGAACCAGUCUUUGGUGCUAGAAGCAACGAAUUACCACCUGACAUCGAUGACUUCCAAUUCCUCCCUCUUUAUUCCGACCCCUGGCAUGGACUCGGAUUAACAGAUAUCGACUUCACGCUACCUUUCGACCUUGGAUUCCACGAGAGACUCGGGCAAGAUGUGAUGGCACCAGUAGAAGAUUCUCUAGGCUACCAAGAGACUUAUUCUUCCUUUGACUAUAGAUCGCGCUCGCCUCUUUCUGUGACACACCCUUUACCUAUCGAGGUCGCUGUAGCGGAGAAUCUGAAUCCAAAUCCUGAUCUUAAUUUUGCUGCACCUAUCCCGUUGCUAGAGGUCGGCAUACGCGAGCCUACAACUCCAUGGGACAGCUUCUGGUCUAAAGAAUCUCCAUCAGCUUCCUCUACAUUUAUAUCGCAGCCCUCGCCAAAAUCUCGAAUCAACUCCAUCUCCAACACUCCCGGUUCUCCUUCCAUGUCCCCAAUCCUCUGUUCUUGGGAGAAGUGUGGCAAAACUUUCUUCACCAACUCCGAUUUGAACCAUCACCUCAAAUCCCACACCAAGCCCUUCCACUGUCCGCAAUGCCCGCCCCAGCAAGCUACCAAAAGACUUCUGCAUCGCCACAUCAACGGGCGCCACUUCAAUACCGAGAAGUAUUACUGAACUGUUGAUGGCUGUAAUCGGAGUAUGCAUGGCGAUCUUGGAAAUGGAGGUCGGCACUUCACUCGUGAGGAGAAUUGUAGGCGGCACUUGAGGACGAUUCACGGGAUAUCUGGGAUGGGAGAGGAGCCGGGCGUGGAGAUCGACAGACACGCAAAGGAAGGAGGAGAAAGCGAAGUGGUGGAUAUGGAUGAGGUGACUAAACGGAUCAGGAGGGAGAGAAAAUUUGGGAGAAGGAAAGCUGGAUAGAGGGUGUAACACACAGACGUGUUUUAUAGUAAACUAUAAUUACGAU